AUGGCGAUGCGACGGCUGGCGUUCGCGCCUCGGCUGACGCCAUUCAACGCUCUGCGAUCGAGUCCACUUCACAACCAGCGAUUUUUCUUGAAUGCCCGGCAAAUAUCUGUGCUGCCGUGGCGCAGGAGUGACCACGCAACUCAGCCUCUACCCGUUUACUUCCCCAAGCCAGUUACUCGCUCACGCCUUCGGCCAAUACGCCGAUUUGUCGGGCGCGUUCUAUUCACAACAGCCACAGUGUUCGCCUGCUGGACCGUUUUUUAUGUCGUCGUCUUGGAGCCUUUGUUCGACUGGGCUGAGGACGAGUGGGACUCCUUGUCCGAGAAGGAGAAGCAAGAGAUGACCGACGAAGCAGACGACGGUCCCGAUUCGUUACUAUUUCUACCUAUGCCCUUCGGAACGAUCGAGGUCAAACAACCACCUUAUCGAAGCAGCGACCCUGAGUGGCUGGAGUUCGUCGCCUUUAGCAGAAACAAGCAGGCGCGCGAAGACAUCAAACACAAGCUAGCCGAUAUCAUCUGCAAAGCGAUCCAAAAAAGCGACCAGUAUGUCAGAUUACUAGGCGGUAAGGACAUUGGUGUCUCCCAGUUCUGGCUGGAUACCAUAUUUCCCACUCGGCCGCCACCUAAGCACUAUGUAGCGGGAAUCAGUAUAGAAGAGGAUGGAAUAUACUGGGCGCACCGCCCCAUCGAUACGCUCGCCGCGAAGCACUUAUCACUGGCCAUCUACCCCGCUGCAGUGGCUAAGGCGGCCUGGAGCUUUCUGAGCGUCCUCGGCAGAGGGCUGGCCUCAGAUACCGCCGUAUUCCUAGGCAUUUCUGAGCCGGCCAAGCAACCGCCCACAUGGGAAUCAGUCAUCCUGAACCGCAUGCAGCAACAGGAAACCGUCGGUCCCGGCGCGAACAGAGAGCUGCAAGACCUGAAAAAGACACUUCAGUCAGCGGUGUCCUUUGGGAGCGUGAUGCCAUCUAAUCUGGAGCACGCCAGCUCGGCCGCCAUGAUGACGCUGGCGAAGAGCUGGAAGCCCGCGCGGCAGGGCCCCGGCCCCGGCUGCAUCAAGGUGGACGGCCUGAUACAGGUGUCCGGCAAGAAGGCUUACAUGGCUGUAUACGUCGUCGCCUGGUUCGACCCGAAGCAGAAGAAGUUCGUCGACAUUCAAACACAGCUCAAGCACCUCUUGCCUUUCCAGCAGUAUCCAGCGAAAUGA